AGGUGAGCGGCGGCCAAUGGGCGAGCGCCGGGCAGGUGCCCGCUAACUCUCGCUUCGGAGCGCGGUGGCCGAGGCCGGGCUGGACGGUGCCGGGAGGACCGGGGGCGGGGGUCGGUCCUGGCUGGACUCGAGAGGGAGGGGGCCGGGCUCAGCCCCCAGGCCGUUGAGGCAGCUCUCAGCAUCGCACCCAGCCCGCUCCAGAGCGAGCACCGGGAGCUGCCCGUUCGGCGGCAGAGGCCGGCGCGCCUAGCUGCGCGCGGUGGCCCGUCUCCGCGUUUGCUGGCUUGCACGCCCCUCGCCGCUCCUCGCCUGGCUCGUGGGCAGGGGCUGAGCGCGGGCGGGCGGGCGGGGGAGGUGAGGGGUGCUGGUGUGUGUGCAUGUGCCUGGCUGGGUGCACACCCCGCACGGCGGCGGCGCCUGGACGCGGAGCGCUCCCCAGAGCCAGGCUGCCUCGCUCGGCUCUGGCGGCUGCGACCAUGUUCCAGCCCACAGCCAAGCGCGGCUUUACCAUCGAAUCUUUGGUGGCCAAGGACGGCGGCACCGGCGGGGGCACUGGCGGCGCGGGAGCGGGCUCCCAUCCCCUGGCGGCUGCUGCCUCGGAAGAGCCGCUCCGGCCCACGGCGCUCAAUUACCCUCACCCCAGCGCGGCCGAAGCGGCCUUCGUGAGCGGCUUCCCCGCCGCUGCGGGCGCGGGCCGCUCGCUUUACAGCGGGCCCGAGCUCGUGUUCCCCGAGGCCAUGAACCACCCCGCGCUGACUGUGCACCCGGCGCACCAGCUGGGCGCCUCCCCGCUGCAGCCCCCGCACUCCUUCUUCGGCGCCCAGCACCGGGACCCUCUGCACUUCUACCCCUGGGUGCUGCGGAAUCGGUUCUUCGGCCACCGCUUUCAGGCGAGCGACGUGCCCCAGGACGGGCUGCUUCUGCACGGCCCCUUCGCGCGCAAGCCCAAGCGGAUCCGCACGGCCUUCUCGCCCUCGCAGCUGCUGCGACUGGAGCGUGCCUUCGAGAAGAACCACUACGUGGUGGGCGCCGAGCGGAAGCAGCUGGCCGGCAGCCUCAGCCUUUCCGAGACGCAGGUGAAGGUGUGGUUCCAGAACCGGAGGACAAAAUACAAGCGGCAGAAGCUGGAGGAGGAGGGGCCUGAGUCGGAGCAGAAGAAGAAGGGCUCCCACCACAUCAACCGGUGGCGCAUCGCCACGAAGCAGGCCAACGGGGAGGACAUCGACGUCACCUCCAAUGACUAGGGUGGGCAGCCAUGAACCCACGAGGGCGGAGUGCUGCUCGCUGCUGGCCAGGUCCCCCCUCGGGGGGCCCAGCAGGACUCUGGCCACUCCUUGGCCGGGCUGCGUGGACGCCUCAGGUCAUGGCCCCAGAGGGCUUGGACCCUGGGGCCACCGCCAACAGAGGGACAAGAAAUGGGCUGGCUGAGGCCCGGGACUGCUCUAGCUUCUCCUUGGAGAGCCUGUCUGCCUGGCCAGGCUGCCGGCCACUGCAGUCUCCCAGCCACUCUCCAUUUCUCUCAUCUCCUUUUUGUUUCAAUGCGUUUCUGUUUUAAUUUAUUUUCCAGGCACCGGCUGUAGUUCUUAGUGAUCCCCUUGUGUCUCCCUUCCCUAUGGGAAUAAUAAAGGUCUCUCUCUUAAUGA